AGCGUACGUACGUUCCAAACGUAACAUAGAUAUGUCAACAAAAUAAUAACCUAAAAUACUUCACAGCGUAAAAAGAAAAUAAUUUUAGGUUUUGAAAAUUAAAGCUGGUGGAUUUGUUAAAGACACUAGUAGCUAUAUCUGGUAGAAACGUACCUUUGAUAAAUGUUAGGUUAACAUUUGUGCAUCGAAGGAGGAAAAUAAAAAUGGGUUCAAAAUCACAUGCUCUGUUAUUUCACGUACAUGCUGAAUGCAAAACUACAAGAGCUCGCGCUGGUCUCAUGAAGUUACCACACUACACUGUUAAAACCCCUGUUUUCAUGCCAGUAGGAACACAGGGCACGAUGAAGGGAUUACUACCUGAACAGCUUGAAGAGUUAGACUGUGAAAUUAUUUUAGGAAACACUUAUCACUUGGGUAAUCGCCCCGGUACCAAAGUCCUGGAGAAAGUCGGUGGUCUACACAAAUUCAUGUCUUGGAAUAGGGCACUCUUGACUGAUUCGGGAGGAUUUCAAAUGGUGUCAUUGCUCAAACUGGCAGAAAUAACUGAGGAAGGUGUUAAGUUUAAAUCACCAUAUGAUGACUCAGAAAUAAUGUUAACACCUGAGAAAUCAAUUGAAAUUCAAAACUGUAUUGGUGCAGAUAUAAUUAUGCAGCUUGAUGAUGUAGUUCAAACUACUUUCCAAAAUUAUGAUCGUAUUAAAGAAGCAACAGAGAGAACUAGCAGAUGGUUAGAUCGUUGUCUAAAAGCUCAUAAAAGACCAUCUGAACAAAGUAUAUUUCCUAUAGUUCAAGGUCUAUUAAACUCAGAGUUGAGAGAGAAAAGUGCCAAUGAUCACUUGACAAAAGAUGUAAAUGGAUUUGCAAUCGGAGGAUUGAGUGGUGGAGAAUCAAAGGAUUUGUUUUGGCCCAUGGUUAGUUUAAGUACAAGUAUAUUAGACAAGAAUAGACCAAGAUAUCUAAUGGGAGUGGGCUUGGCUAUUGAUCUUGUUGUUUGUGUUGCUCUUGGUGUAGAUAUGUUUGAUUGUGUAUUACCAACACGUACAGCUAGAUUUGGAUGUGCACUCACAAAAAGAGGUCAACUUAAUUUGAAACAAAAAAAAUAUGAGGCAGAUUUAAACCCUAUUGAGAAUGAUUGUCCAUGCUCUACCUGCAAGAAUUAUACACGAGCCUAUUUACACUGCAUAGUAACAGUGGAAACAGUGGCUUGUCACCUUAUAUCUGUCCACAACAUUGCUUAUCAGAUGCAUCUCAUGCAGGCUAUGAGAGAAAAUAUAGAAAAGGGGACAUUUCCUCAAUUUGUCAAGAAUUUUGUAAAUGAAAUAUAUAGUGAUGGUAAUAUACCUACUUGGGUUACAGAUUCCUUGAACUCUGUUGGAAUACAUUUGUCUGAGUAAAGAAACUAUUUUUAUUGAAUUUAAAGCAGGUCUUAUUAUUUAUACAUAUAUCUAAUUUCACAUGAAGUCAUCAGAAUCAUUUCCAUCAUAAUUUGUUGUCAUAUUUUCUGGUUUCAUCAAUGUCGAAUAACUCUUAAGUUCUGCUUCGUCUUUCUUCCGUUUUUCUUCUUCCUUUUCUUUUUCUUUCUUCUCUCUCAAUAGUUUCUUUUUAUCUUCUCUUUCUGACCUGUCUCUGUUUUCUCUUUCUUGUCUGAAGUCUGGAAAUGCUUCCUUUUUUGUUUUAUUUAGUCUAUUAACAAUUUCAUUACUUCGUUUUGCAACUCGUACUUUUCUAACAUCUUUAUCCUUGUGAAAUGCUACUUGUCCUG